AUAUAUUAUAUAGGUAGGUAAUCAGACAAACAAAUGGUUGACGAUUUGAUCAAAGCUGUCUGAAACCCAUACAUAUUUUCUCAGGGACCCCCCCUUCCUAUAUUUAAAAUCCUCUAGCAUGGCUGAGAAGUGCUGGCUAUCAGCUCGAUCGAUCAAAAUUUAACAGGAAACACUCAUUAGUCUCUCCGGCCACAGAUCGGUUUUCUGAUUUCUUAGUUACAACUUCACCCCUCAGGAGAAGUAAAGAAAGAGGAGGAGCAAAGGAAAAAGAUGGGGAUGAGAAAGGAACAGAAGUGAACUCGAGUAUGCAUGUAGCAGAUUUUUAAUUCCAUUCCGGAAUCAAAAAUCAAUUGCUACCUAUAUAUGGAGGCGUCUCUAACCUCGGAAAAAAUCUUGACCAUUGAGUAUGUCAGAGAGACCCUCAUUCCCAGACUCAUCGAGCAUCUCAACAAAGCCAAGGGUACGCUAGCCAAGGGUUACCUUUCCGAUAACCACGCCGACAAGGAUGAGAGAGACAAACUUACCACUGAAAUGGAAAAGCUACGCAAAGACCUCAUUUUUAUCAAGCAAGUUUUCACCGGAUUGGACACUUUUGAAAAAAGCACAAGUGAUCUUUUCAAGGUUCUCCAGCAACCAGAACACAGCCUGGAGCAGCUUUUGGAGCCUCCUGCAGGAACGCAGACCGGCUUCCACGAGCCGCUUGCAAAGCAAUUUAAGCCCAAGCUUGGAGUGCUUGGUGAGGUUAUCAUCAAACUGAAGCUGCUACUUCCAUCACCGCACAAACUGUUGUUGGACAGGUCCAGUACUUUUCAACUGUCCAGCAUUCAUUCGGGUGGAGACGAGCAUCUCAAUCGAUUGCUUGGCUUACACUCAAGUGAGGUGUUCUAUAAAAGCCAGGCUUUUAAAGACUUUCAUGAUGUUUAUAACAGUCUUGGUGUUACUGCAAAGCUCUGCUUGCUGAGUUUCUCGGUGUUUCCGGCGAAUGAGGUUCUAAAGAAGAGGCGUUUGGUACAUUGGUGGGUUGGAGAAGAGAUCCUCUACCCUCCAGUUGAUGGUGAAAAGACGGUGGAGGAAAUUGCUGAUGGAAUAUUUGAAGACUUAACAGUGAAGGGCUGCAUUGAACCGGUCAAGAAGAAGCGGAGAUCAGACGUGCAGAGUUUUAAAAUGCACCCUCUAAUUCGUUCAGCGGUGAUUCGGAUUGCCAAAGACGUUGAGUUCUUAGAUUUUGAUGACAAAGGGAGACCAACUACUGAAUUUUCAAGGUCUUAUCGCGCGUGUUUGGUAAGUGGUUUUCAACUGAAAUUGGCAAAUAAAAAAGAGGAGGAAUUAGAAAAACUGCAGACUGUAUUCAAUGUGAACGAUUCUUAUCCGAAUUUUUCCCAAGUGGAAUGGUCCAAGUUGAAGAAUGUGAAGGUUCUUUAUCUUGGAAGGUGGCACAGCAGGGCUAAACAUCACAUUGAACUAGUUGACAGCAAUUUCUUGGAAGGGUUGAAAUUUAUGACACGUUUGAGGUUUCUCAGCCUUCGAGGAAUAUCGGGGAUCAUGGAGCUGCCUGAUUCAUUAUGCAAGCUUGUUUGUUUGAAGAUCUUGGAUCUUGGAGCAUGUCACAGUCUAGAGGUGCUUCCGAAAAAAAUAAGCUUGCUUAAGAAGCUCACACACUUGGAUAUGUCCGAGUGUUACUUGCUGGAUCGUAUGCCUAAGGGGAUCAGAUCGCUCUCAGAACUCGAAGUUCUUAAGGGGUUCAUAAUUGGUGAUCACAAGGAGAACACUUCAUGUACUCUGCAUGAUUUGUCAGGAUUGCAAAAGUUGAAAAAAUUGACAAUGAACACAAGCAGGGAGGAUUUUCCCAACGAAGAAGAGCUAACCGUUUUACAAGGAUUUGGUUCGCUUCAAAAGCUAACAAUAGCAUGGGGAGGAGUAGAAUUUCUUGCCAACCGCCAAAAUAAGGAUAGGAAGCAGGACAAUGUUGGAGCACAACCAAAAACAGCAAGCACAACGGAUGCCAGUGGAGGUAACAGAAAUGAAGAUGAUGCUAAUGGCAUUCAAAAUCAUGUGCCAAAAACCCCGGCAAGGUCAUUAACCUUCAAGCGAAGGGCUAUAUUGGCUCCGAGGAUUCGGGAACAUUUUGAAGCACUUGAGAAACUGGACUUGCAAUGCUACCCUCAUAUGAAAGCACCGACUUGGUUGACUCCCGGAAUGCUCAAGAAGCUGGAAAAACUCUACAUUAGAGGGGGACAGCUCCAAAGUCUAGGUCAAGUUCAGGAGAGUGACAAGUGGACAGUUGAGAUAUUGCGUUUGAAGUUCUUGAGUGAACUAAAGAUGGAUUGGAAUGACCUCCAGUCAGCAUUUCCAAAAUUGAAUUAUGUGGAGAAAUUUAGAUGCCCUAAGACCACUUUCUUCCCAUGCGAUGAGACUGGAGUCUGGCUGAAGCCCGGAAACUGAAAAAUGUGACCAGAGCAAGUGGAAAUUUCAGUGUGAUGCAUUCAUGUUUCAGCAUCUUACACAAGUGCUCACGAUAGUGAAGUAUGUUUUUCCAUUGUUACAUUUUACUUUAUGAUUUCUUUAUUCUCUUUUCUGAGGAAGAAAUUAGUUGUGUUUCAUUUAGAAAAGCACACAGUUAUACAUUAUUGUGACAGAAGUUUGCCCAGUUCAACAAAGAAGCUAAGAAAAUACUUUUCUUUAGGUCUUUGGGUUCAAUAAAAUUUGAUGUUUCUUAAAAUUUGGGUGUAGAUUGUACUUGGGAUUUGAAGAAAAUUUCUAUGUUCAUUAUCAUCAGAGGAAUCUACCAAGUUAUAGA